AAACAAAUCAGCAGUGUCCUCAAACACUGCGGAAAAACAACGCCAUCGCUUUACUUUCUCAUUGUCCUCCUGCUUCUCCAAGUCUUCUCCAUUUCUUUACACUUCUUUUAUCGAUCGCCAAACCUAUCCUCAUUCCGAUAGCAAAUCCGAGGGCCUGAGGAUGUGCAGCGACUCCUCCUUGUUGUAAGCAGAGCUACAGCAGUCUACGACAUCAUCUUCUCCAAAUUCUCUGAAGAAGAUCUAUCGGGCCACAUAGACGUUUCGGAAUGGCACUCCUCCGAUCCUAUUCAAAUGCGUCCUCUGGGAUGGGAGUUGCUGAUCACUGCCGGGACACAUUCUUAGAGCUACAAAGAAAGAAAACACAUCGAUAUGUGAUUUUCAAAAUUGAUGAGAAGCGAAAGGAGGUGAUUGUGGAGAAAACUGGAGGUGCUGCUGAGAGCUACGAUGAUUUCUUGGCAUGCCUACCUGAAAAUGAUUGCCGAUAUGCUGUCUAUGAUUUUGAUUUUGUGACGCAAGAAAACUGUCAGAAGAGCAAGAUAUUCUUCAUUGCUUGGUCUCCAUCUGUAUCUCGCAUUCGAGCCAAGAUGCUCUAUGCAACCACCAAGCAACGAUUCAGGCGAGAGAUGGACGGAGUUCACUAUGAGAUUCAGGCGACAGAACCUUCUGAGCUUGACAUUGAGGUACUCAGAGACCGAGCAAAUUGAUAAGCAGUAUUAGUAGAUAGCUUAUUAAUCACGCAAAACACAUUUAAUAUCCCUCCAAAUGAUUGUGGCUUUCAUAUUUGGAUUAUAUAUAUGAAACUCUUAUACUGCUUGAAUAUAUUUUGUAGACAUGCUGUAUGCUUUGGAUUUAUCAACCUGUUUUUGAUCUUGUUAAGCUUUAAUUAGUCUUGAUCUUGA